GCACACCUUCAGUCGGGAAAAGGCUUGUUUGGGUAGGCUACGUUUACCCCCAGUCACCAUGUCUGUGAGAGUUAGCCGAAGCUUCAGCUCCAGCAGCAGAAGCGGAGCAGGUCCAAUUGGAUUCAGUUCGGCCAGCGGGUUGAAUUACUCUGGAUUCGGUGGAGGCAGCUCGCGCCUGUCCCUUCAUGGAAACCGCGCGCCAAGUGUGUAUGGAGGCGCGGGAGGAUUUGGCACGCGCAUCUCCAGCGCCGCGUCGUCGUCAGUUUCCAUGGCAGCGGGUGGCGAUAUGUCCGCGUGUGUUGUCAACGAAAAGCAGACAAUGCAAAAUCUCAACGAUCGCCUGGCCUCUUAUCUCGAUAAGGUGAGGACCCUGGAGGCUGCUAACCAGAAGCUGGAACUGCAGAUUAAAGAGUUUUUGGAGAAGAAAUGCCCUGCACUGGUGCUGGACCACUCCCGCUACACUGUCACCAUCGAAGACCUCCGCAAACAGAUUGCUGCUAGGAUUGCAGAAAAUGCGGCCAUCAAUUUACAGCUUGACAACGUAAGACUUGCUGCGGAUGACUUCAGAGUGAAGUUUGAUAAUGAGUGCGACAUGCGCAUGACUAUCGAGGCUGACAUUGCGAGACUCAAGUCAGUAAAGAGUGAGGUGGAGCUGCUCAUCAAAGACCUGAAGUUACAGAUCAACGGACUGAAUGAGGAACUGGUCUGGCUCAAAUGCAACCACGAAGAGGAGCUGCAGCAGCUGCGGCUGCAGCAGGGUGGUUCUGUGCAUGUGGAGGUGGACUGUGCGCCCCCUGUUGACUUGGAGAAGGUAAUGCAGGAGAUGCGGGAGCAAUACGAGACCAUCAUCCAGAAGAGCCGACGCGACGCCGAGAAAUGGUUCGAGGGCAAGGCGGCAGCACUCCAGACUCAGGUCACCACCAGUGUCACUGAGGUGAAGACUUCCCAGACAGAGGUGACGGAUUUACGGAGGACCCUCCAGACUCUGGAGAUCGAGCUGCAAGGACUCCACACGCAGAAGUGUAACCUGGAGCAGCAGCUCGGGGAGGUGAGUGGUCGCUACGGUUCCCUGAUGCAGCAUCUGCAGAUGCAGAUCGACGGGCUGGAGGCGGAGCUUCAGCAGCUGGGGGCCAGCAUCACGCAGCAGAGCCAGGAGUACCAGCUGCUGCUCAACAUCAAGAUGAGGCUGGAGAUGGAGAUCGCAGAGUACCGCCGUCUGCUGGACGGGGAGGGAGGCGGCUGCAUCACUAGCCGCAGCACUGAGCUAACGUCUUCCUCCAUGACUACAACAACCACCACCACAGAGUACAUGGAGGAGGAGGAGGAGGAGGAUGUGCACAACCCCCUGAGACAGCGCAGGGUGAAGGUGAUUAUGGAGGAGCUGGUAGACGGGGUGGUGGUGUCCUCCUCCGUGGACGAGAAGAUCCAGGACGUAGCAACCUAGGAUGCAGCUUGUUUGGGAGUUGCUCUGGUGCAACGCAACGCGCCGCUAAUGCACCUGUCCAUGAAAGGGCUCUGGGCCCGUGGAGACCCAGGUUCGAGUCCUGCCAAUGUCAUUUUCAAGCCCUACCCCAUCCCUCUCCACUUCACCGUAAAAAAAAUAUCACAAGUUUACCAACUGCCUCAGACUUCAAAGUUAAUUUAAAUCCUUAUUAAAAGUCACUUAAAUCCUUAUUGUAAGUCAUGAAGAGCUUUGAACACAAUUCAAAGCUCCACAUAACUUACAAUAAGGAUAUAAAUUAACUUGAAAUUCUGAGGCAGCUGAUGUUUUAUAUUGUGUUGUUUCCUGUGACUCCUUCACUGUCCUGUCGGAUAAAGGCCUUACAUAUAGGAUGUGCCUUGUCACUUUGCAUCCAGGAGCUUUUUUUUCACCACAUGGACCUUUUUUUACAGAGAAAUAAAAUGUGUGCUGUUGCCCUUGUUUAAGAACAACUUUAACUGUGUUUACAGUGGGUUUUUUGUAAGCGUGGAACGUUGAUGGAAAUUAAAUGACAUAAAAGAGGA